AUGGCCUAUAUGAAGUACAUCUUAAUUAUACUGCUGGUUUCCCUAGCAUCGGCACGUAAAGUCAAGAGAAAGGGAGCAUUCAGUAUACCGCCCCUGCCGCCACAACAACCAGCCUCUCCCUCCGGCCUUGCUGAACCCUAUCAAUUUGAAGAGGUACGCUAUGAGGAGUAUGCCAAUGAGCAGCCACCUCCACACAAUCCCCACCAUCGGCAGACACAUUACGAGGGAGCACACUAUGAAGUUGAUCCCCAUUAUGCUCAUUCACCUGCUGCAACGGGAAGUUCCUUCCUGGUAGAUAAUGGCUUGCGUAGCAUUGCAAAAGGUUCUGCGGAUCAGGCCAACUCUGCAGUGAAUUCCCAAAAUGCUGCCGCCAAACAGGCCGCCUAUAUUGCCAAAAGUACUUUGGCUCAGGCUGCCGUCCAAGCCGCCGGCACUGCAGUUGCCGUCCUCAAGGGUAAAGAAGUUCUACUACAACGUCUGGAGGAACAAAGUGUCGAGGCACACAAGGUAAUGCAGAGUGAACUGCAACAGUUGCAACAAGCCAAACGUUCUGCCAAGGCGGCACAAUAUUCUGCCCAACAGGCCCUGCAACAUGUCUCCGUUCUAACGGCGGCCCUCAACAAUGCUCAAGCUGCAUCGGAACUGGCCCAGAAAUCAGCUUCUGAAGCUGCUGCCGAGCUGGCCUCACAAAUUGAUAUGGUUGCCCAGGCUAAAUCGAAAUUGGAACAAAUCGAAUCGCAUCUCUAUUCGGCACGUCUGGAUUAUGAAGAGACAAAAGAGGCGGCGGAAAAGGCUACCCAAUCGGCUCAAGAAGCCCAACUGAAUGCCAAUGAUGCCGGGCUGCAUGCCAAUGUGGAACUUAGCGAAUCCUCGGCUUCGAUAACAAUUGCGGCACAUGAAAAAAGUGAUUCGGAACAACAGCAUAAUAUCGUUAAGAGACGUCCCAAUGAGAGGGGUCGUGAGAAGUCGCCGAGAAAAAAUCUGUUGCAGCAGAAAAACAAUAAUCGGAAUUAA